AUGGCUGAAAAGUCCACAGUUCAAUCAACUACCGGCCCUGAGCCUUUCAUUAUUAAGAAAAUAGGAGCCAAGUAUGUCGCUUAUGCUCAUACAUUGUGUGCCUACAGCGCGUUUUUCGUUGCACUGAUUGUUGCUUGUUAUACACACUACUAUAAAAUUGUGCAGAAUGAGUAUUUUGGAUAUCCUGACGAAUGGUUCCCUAGUGUUAGUGCCACUACGGGCGAUAGAUACCCUGCCCGUGCAAUUUUCCAAAUUUUGAUCGCAUUAACGUCUGGACCUAGAUUUGCACUUCUUUUGUUAUGGUUUUUUUAUUCGACGUAUUCAGCAAAGACAGUGACAAAAGGAUAUGGAUUGGUUCUGUUAAUUGUUGGGAUUAUACGUACAGUCGCCUGUGGCGGAUUUGUUUACAUCACAUCCACAGAUGAUCAUUUAACGCACGAUAUCAUGAUGAUCUUAUAUCUGUUAUGUACUGUACCAUGGCAAGUGGGUGUACUUUAUGCUACUGAGAACCCUGUAGCUGUUCGUUGGAGAAAAUUCAUUACAACAGCAUUUUUCACAACUUUACCACCAAUGAUUUACUUCUUUAUUCAGCACAAAGUGAACAGAGUUCCUGGAGCUUAUACAACUUAUGCUUUCUUUGAGUGGUCCCUUAUCUUGUUUGAUGUAGCUUAUGAUGCGGUUUCAGCUAUUGAGUUCCAAAAUUUUGAACUGUCAAUCGUUGAUAAAAAUGGAAUCUCUCCUCUUGCACAAUCCUCUUCAGUCCCUUUCGUUUCCAAUCCUGAGGGAAAUAUUGCACCAUCAACUUUACGUACAAUUACUACUUUUGUCGGCUUUGUCACUGAAACCUACUUGGCAUAUAUUUUUUGGUCAAUGCUCACUUCAUUGGCUCUGUUGAUAUGGUAUUUUCCAUUAUGGUAUAUGGGUAUUUCGGGAUUCGAAGCAUUCUUAUUUAUCACUCUCAUGCCUGUCAUUCUGGGCAUUACACCGCUCAGACGUUUAAUUGCCAAAUACCGCGGCAUUUUCCACUUCAUCUCGUUGAUCGGUAUUGCUUCCUAUCUUAAGCAAGAUCCCGUCUGGCGUUUAUCUUUAACAGCAGCGGGUAUUGGGUUGAGUGCAACUACAUGGGUUGCAACAUGGCUCGAAUCCAAGAAACAUACUGGGGAACUGGAAAGAUCUGUGCUUAUUUGGAGCCUAGGCUUAGUAAUGCAUAAUGUUGUGAAAAUGGCAUGGUUUACCGAAAACCCUAUCUGGCCUAUUAUGAACAAAGUCAAUGGUGGUUGGAACGAUAUUGGUAUUGUAUUAGGUAUUAUUGCUUCUGCUGAAGUUUUGAUCCGUGAUGGUACCGUACGCAAAGCUAUUGAAUCAGGCAAGGGCCUUGGUUCCUUAGAUUACCGCGUGGAAACAAAACAAUUUGGUAGCUCGUUGAUGGCGGCUACUGGCUUUGGUUCUCUUCUAUUUGCUCUUCAUUCUAUGUACACAGAUUCUUCCACUAUCAUGCGUUGGACAGUAGACGGUUAUCCCAACCAUGGACCCGAACCAGUACCUUGGGGCGCUGUUACCAUUUCUUUUCUUGUCGUCGGCUUAAUUUUAUCUCCCUAUCGUCGCUUAACCACUAGUUUUAUUUGGUAUGCUGUCGGUUGCUGUGCCUGCACUGCUUUCUAUUAUUUCUCUGCUUGGACUGCUUAUUAUGCUGGUCUCGUCUUGGGUGCCUACUUGUUGUCUAUUACACCUGCUCUUGUCCGUGGUAUAUCUACUCAAAGUCCAUUAAAGUCCUUGUUUACAGCCUUCAUGACGUAUAAUAUCUUAUGUCUAGCUCAUGUAUGGGUUGUAGCCUAUGAAUUUGUUCCAGGCGGUGUAUAUGCUCGUGAGCAUACGGACAUAAUUCUCGCAACGAUGAUGGCAUUGAUUGGUUUGGGUGUCUUGAAUGCAAACCAACAAGCUAUGUUGGAUGUGCACAACAAGUUGGCACAGUUUCAUAUCCUAAAACAAGCACGCUCUAUGUCUCGCGUUUUUGGUGUUGGUUUCAUUGCUGUUUCUGCUGUAAUUGCUGCUAAUCGUGUCGCUAGAGCAAAGACGCCUGUACCUUAUACAACGUCUGAGAAAUCAUUUACAGCAGGUAUUUGGACUAUUCAUUUCGCACUUGAUAACGAUAUGUGGGCUAGUGAGAAUAGAAUGCGGGAUGCUAUUCGUGAUUUGGAAUUGGAUGUUGUUGGUUUGCUGGAAUCAGACACUAUGAGAAUUAUCAUGGGCAAUCGUGAUUGGGCUCAAUCUAUUGCAGAAGAUUUGGGUUACUAUCUAGAUUAUGGACCAUCAAGUAUGAAGCAUACCUGGGGCUGUCUUAUGCUAUCUAAAUUCCCUAUUAUCAAAUCCACGCACCAUCUUUUGCCAUCUCCAGUCGGUGAACUUGCUUGUGCCAUACACGCUACUUUGGAUGUUUAUGGUCAACCUGUCGAUUUCAUUGUCUCCCACAACGGUCAAGAUGAAAACUACAACGAUCGAAUUCAGCAGACGACAGAAUUGGCUAGAAUCAUGCGUACCAGCCCCAAUCCCUUCGUAUUUUUGGGUUAUGUUGUGACAAAACCAAAACAAGAAAUAUAUCAUCUCCUGUUUGACGGUGGUGAUAUGAAUGAUAUUGAUCCAUCUGAUUGGGAUCGUUGGUGCCAAUAUAUCGGCUAUCGUGGCUUACGUCGUGUUGCUUAUGCUCGUGUCAGUCAUGGACGUAUUACAGACACUGAAAUUCAAACAGGUAAAUUCCAGGUUGUGUCAAAUCCUAAAGAAUACUGGAAGGCUAGCUAUAAUAUGAUUGAUGAAUCGCAAGUACCCGAAGCACUAAGAUAUCCUUCCAUGUUCCGCGGCUCUGGUACCCGUGGUCAUCGUUAUCACGUCUUCAACGAACCUCGUUAUUUCGCAAACUAA